UGUGAUUUUCAGGUUAUAAUUUUAACGUUUUUAGCAAUACCUGUGGUAAAUAGCCAUAGUAACAUACUACCAAUGCUUGACGAUCAGGACUCAGUUGUGAGAUUUAAUAGACAUGAUUUGCCGACCUUUACGUAUGAAGAUAGUUAUCAAAUUAGCACACCAUCACCAAUUGCCCCAAAUAUUUAUAACAACAUACAGUACGCACCACUCACCAACCAAAAUAACCAGAGAAAUAAAAACUCUGCUGACGAAUAUACUAAGAUUACUCCAAGCCUUGGUGGAGCCUCUACAUCGAAGGAACCUUUGCAUCAUUCGAAAGAGAGUUCUAUUUCAAGUGUGCCAAAAUCCCAUUUGGAGCCUAGAGUUCCUAGUCAACUGAAUGCCGAUGCAAUGAAAUGCUACAGUCCAGGACAAACUGUUGAAGUUCUAACAGUCAGUCGAAGCCCAGGUCACAAUGCCAUCUAUAGAAGUUUUUCAGAACCGGUUGCGAGAGACAAUAAUCCUUUUAAGUUGAACAAUUUUGUAAGGCCAUUCGGCAUAUUCCACGAAGUAGAACAAGAACAAGUACCAGUGUUGACAACCACUUUACCAACAUUUGAACUGCCUUCCGAGUCUGUGGCUAGACCCUUCAAUUUGAACGCUAUAAGCAACCCAAAUUAUGGCCUAAAUCCCAAUAAUAUAGAAGUGGGGCCUGGAAUUAAUAAGAAAAAACGUCAAUACUCACCGUACGCUAAGCUCCAUAGGUUGCACCUGAACAUCGCAAGAGUAUACAGUCCAGUACAGGUGGUACCGCCAAAGGCAUCACCAUUCACCGACACUUACUCCUUGAACUACCAAAGGUUACCAGUUAAUCCCGAAGGUUAUGUGCCACCCGCCUACCAAGGCUUAUCAAAAAAACCAAGAUACGUAUACCCAGAUCAAGAAAAGCCAAAAGGUUUCCGUUUCCGCUUGCCAUAA